UCAAAUGAUAACUUUAUAACUCCUAAAACACAAGUAGAAAGUUGUUUUCAUCAAUUGUAUAUCAAUCUAUGAUGGCAAAUCAAUAUUGAUUCCAAUCCAUCUAUCAUGCUAACUUACUUAUUUUUACCUAUUUGGGAUAAUGUGAUCUCCCCAGUGGGAUUUGGGGUAGCGCAUGCGUAGCUGGUGUCAGACACGUCUGGGGUCCCUCUUGUAAAUACUGAUGGCUUGUUGAAACUAGGAUGUUGGUAACUCCUUUGAUCCUUGAAUGAGAUGUACUCUUUCAGCUGAAUGGGAUCGAGGACGGCCUUCAUCGGACGUGCAGUCACCCGUGAUGAGUGCAAGGGGCGUGUGCUGAAAAUGGGAGCAGAUCUAAGGGCUCGAUCAUGACAGGUGUAAAGUUAGGACAGUUCUGUGGAGCACCCAAUGACACCAUCCCACUCUGGUCGGAGGGUCAUCUGGGCCACUGUUUCCAACAGGUUGCAGUUGUGAUAGGAACACACUUCAUCUUUGCUGUGUGCAGUGCCUACUUUGCUGGAAUCAGACAGGGUAGGAUCAUCCACAACUUGACAAGUUCAGCGGCAGUCAACAUCCGACUGCUCAUCAGUACUCUCCAGUUCUGCACACCACUUCUUCACAUCCUCCUGGUAGAACUAUGGCAGGGGAAGAAGCUCCCUCUUGUGGAUGUGGUGACUGGUGCAUUUGUGUGUUUCACCUGGUUGGUCCACACCUGUGCUGUUUGGCAGGUCAGGAAGAUGCACGUUGUUCACAUGAGAGGACCGCUUGCCCUGGCAUUAGCCUGGACUCUUACUCUAGUUGCAACCGGUUUCCAGCUGCAGGCGGUCAUCCUCCGGGCCAGCAGAGUGGACCAGACGCUGGAUGUUGUAACAGAAAGUAUUACAUUUGCAGUAGGAGGACUUCAAUUUUUAUACCUCGUGACACUGUUCCCCUCUCACAGACCUAACGUACCACUGCUGUUCGCUCCUCCUCAUGUACAAAGUGUUAAUGAAGAAGAAGAACCCCUGCUACGGUCAGGUGAUAAAGUUUGUUAUGAUGGCACAGUAUCCACACCAGGUAAAGUAGAGCUGAACAUUGCAGAAGACAGCUCCAACUGGCUGUCCAAAUUAACUUUCUGGUGGGUAAAUCCCCUUAUGGUUAAAGGAUCCCACAUGCAGCUCAACGCAACAGGUGAUCUUUUCCACCUUCCAAGAAAGUUGACAACAGGCCAUGUUGAGAAGGUCUUUACAGAGAAGUUCUAUCCUCAUUCCGUUGAUCAGUUAGAGCCAUCUGAUGACGAGUGUCCAGGGGUGAAAGUCAGAAAUGGCGGGAUUGAAGUACAGGAUGUUCUGGAGGCACCAAACUGUCCUGACAGCACAAAGAAAAUUUUGGGACAGCCGGUGACACUGAUGAAAGGUCUACAUGGAGCGUUCGGAGUACAAUACUACUCCCUGGGGAUCUUGAAACUGCUUGGGGACGGGCUGGGGUUUGCAGGACCCUUGCUGCUAAACUUACUCGUCUCCUUCAUGGAGAACUCAAAGGAGCCAAUGCUGCAUGGAUAUCUGUAUGCACUUGGACUCUUCUUGUCAACCCUCAUUGGUGCAAUAUUGUCCUCCCAGUUUAACUACCAGAUCAACAAGGUUGGUAUCCAGAUCAGGGCUGCCUUAGUCACCACCGUCUACCAUAAGGCCCUUGCUGUCAGCAGUACUUCUCUGUCAGGUUUCACGACUGGAGAAGUUGUGAACUUCAUGAGCACAGACACCGGCCGGAUCGUCAACUUCUGUCCGUCCUUCCACCAGUUCUGGUCCCUGCCUUUUCAGAUUGCCGUAUCGCUCUACCUGCUACACCAACAGGUUGGCAUCUCCUUCCUUGCCGGCCUGGCCUUUGCUGUGCUGCUGAUCCCGAUAAAUCGCUGGCUUGCCGUCAAGAUUGGGAAGCUGAGCAAUGAUAUGAUGCUGCAAAAAGAUGCUCGAGUCAAGCUGAUGAAUGAAAUACUGUAUGGAAUCCGGGUGAUCAAGUUCUAUGCCUGGGAGUCUACAUUCCAAGAGAAGGUGCGCCGCCUGCGACAGCUGGAGUUGAAGAGUUUGCGAGGCAGGAAGUACCUGGACGCCCUGUGUGUGUACUUCUGGGCCACCACACCUGUCCUCAUCUCCAUCCUCACCUUUGCUACAUACUCUGCCCUGGGCAACAAGCUCACUGCUGCUAAGGUCUUCACAAGUGUUGCAUUGUUCAACAUGCUAAUCAGCCCCCUGAACGCCUUCCCCUGGGUCAUCAACGGGCUGAUGGAGGCCUGGGUGUCCGUCAAGCGGCUGCAGGCUUUCCUGCAGCUCAGGGAGAUAGACCUGCUCUCAUACUACAGUACAGAAAUGAGUGAAGAUGGCAGUGCCAUGGAAAUCCAUAAUGGCUGUUUCAGCUGGAGCUCAGCUGCUGUUGCUGUUCCUGCUGCUGUGGGUAGUUCUGCCCCGGAGAGCCGAGACGACUCCGGGGUAGAGGACAGCUCAUCAAGCAGCAUCUUUAGCAGCUGUGGUACCCAGAAGCUGGAGGGGAUCUCACUGACUGUGCAAAAGGGCCAGCUUGUGGGAGUUGUAGGUGCCGUUGGCAGUGGGAAAAGUUCUCUCCUUGCUGCCAUCACUGCUGAGAUGGAGAGACAGGAUGGGAAGAUCUCAGUCGCUAAUCUCACAGCGGGGUUUGGUCUGGCUGCACAGGAAGCCUGGAUCCAGCAGACCACUGUCAGGGACAACAUCUUGUUUGGGAAGGAAAUGGACACGGACAUGUAUGAGAGGGUGAUCAGAGCAUGUGCACUGGAGGAAGAUCUCAAGAUCCUGCCCUCUGGAGACCGUACUGAAGUUGGGGAGAACGGAGUGACUCUGAGUGGUGGGCAGAAGGCACGGCUGGGCCUAGCUAGGGCUGUGUAUCAGGGAAAAGACAUCUACCUCUUGGAUGACCCGCUGGCUGCUGUUGACGCUCAUGUCGCUGAGCACCUCUUCUCCCAGUGCAUCAUGGAACUGUUGAAGGAUAAGACCAGAAUCCUGUGUACCCACCACACCCGCUUCCUUCAGGAGGCAGACCUUGUGGUAGUGAUGGAGGCAGGCAGGAUCGUCAAAACAGGCCCACCCUCUGAAAUUUUAAGACAUGCCAUGAAAAUGCCAUCACUUAGCAAACAAGAAGAAAGACAGGAUAACAGCAACCACGAUGAUGAGAAAGACUCCAGCCAAGAGCUUGCCCCCGAGCCUGUUCUGUCCCGUGAGGAGUCCCUAGUUCAGGAGGAGGAGAGGGAGGUGGGGUCGGUGGCCUUCCAGGUCUACAGGUCCUACUGGCAGGCUGUGGGGGCCUGUCUGGCGCCGAGUGUACUGGUAGCUCUCUUCCUCAUGCAAGCUUCCAAGAACCUGAACGACUGGUGGUUAUCUUACUGGAUCUCCCACUCCCAUCACAACAGUACCGUCUCCCCAACACAUGCAGCCCUGGCUAUCACAUCAUCCGAACCAAGCUCCAUGGCACCCCUAUUGUUGGGCACAAGCAAUUCCACUACAGAUGACGUCACCUUCUACCUGACUGUGUAUGGGGCAUUAGCUGGGGCCAACACCAUCUUCACCCUGUUCAGGGCCUUCCUGUUUGCUUAUGGUGGGAUCUGUGCAGCCAGGGUGCUGCAUGACCAGCUGCUUAACAGUAUUCUCCAGGCAAAGAUCCAGUUCUUUGACACCACACCGAUUGGCCGAGUAGUCAACCGCUUCUCGUCAGACAUGUACUCCAUCGACGACUCCCUGCCCUUCAUCAUGAACAUCCUCCUGGCCCAGACAUACGGCGUGGCGGGAACCAUUGUGGUGACGUGUUACGGACUGCCCUGGUUCACUGUGCUACUGCUGCCUCUGGCUUUUAUCUACCAUAGGAUACAGAAAUACUACCGACACACCUCCCGUGAGCUGAAGCGCCUGGACAGCGUUAGUCUGUCUCCCAUCUACGCUCACUUCUCAGAGACACUGACAGGCCUCACCACCAUCAGGGGGCUCAGAGCUGUGCACAGAUUUAAACACGAGAACAAGACAAGGCUAGAGUGUAACCAGCGAGCCAGCUUCUCUGGCCAGGUGGCCUCCAGCUGGCUGGGCAUCCGUCUGCAGCUGCUAGGGGUUGCCAUGGUAACUGGUGUGGCCUUCAUUGCAGUGCUGGAGCAUCAUUUUCAAACAGUAGAUCCAGGACUGGUAGGGCUGGCCAUCUCCUACGCCCUGUCAGUGACCAACCUGCUGUCAGGAGUCGUCACCUCCUUCACAGAGACUGAGAAGCAGAUGGUUAGUGUGGAGCGAGCCGUGCAGUACGUGAAGAACAUACCAUGGGAGAGGACAGAUGGAGUCUUAGAGGUUAGUAGAAGAUGGCCAGAACAUGGAGCUGUAUCAUGGCAGGGCGUCAACCUCACGUACAGACAGGGUCUACCUAAGGCACUGGACAAUGUAAGCUUCAGCAUCAACCCUGGAGAGAAGGUUGGAGUGGUGGGUAGAACUGGGGCUGGCAAGUCCAGCCUGCUUCUGUGCCUGUUCAGAAUGGCAGACAUCCAAACAGGCACCAUCAAAAUUGAUGAUGUGGACAUCAGAAUGGUUGAGUUACAAAGAUUAAGAUCUCGACUGGCAGUGAUUCCCCAGGACCCGUUCCUGUUUGGUGGGACAGUCCGGGAGAACCUGGACCCCAGAGAUGUCUACAGCAACACUGACCUGUGGAACAUUCUGGAAAAAUGUCACCUCAAGCCAACAGUGCAGAAAUUGGGAGGGCUGGAGGCUGAGGUGGGUGAGAAGGGAAAGGUGUUUUCUGCUGGCCAGAGGCAGCUGAUGUGCCUGGCAAGGGCUAUUCUCACCAGAGCAAAGGUAUUGUGCAUUGAUGAAGCAACUGCUAAUGUGGACCAAGAGACUGACCGACUCAUUCAGCAAACCAUCCGGACGGAGUUUGCUCAUAGCACUGUCAUCACCAUUGCACACAGGACGAACACCAUCAUGGACAGUGAGCGGGUCCUGGUCAUGAGUGCAGGAAGGGUGGUGGAGUUCGCAUCCCCGCAAGAACUGCUAGCUGAUCCUACAACAAUAUUCUAUGGCCUUGUACAUAAACAUAGAUAACACCACUGUUUAUUAGUGAUCUAAAGGGUUAUUCAGAAAAAGAAUCCUUGGAAGCUGCUAGACCUCAUUUUGUGUCAAAUCAACAGAAUGGCAUGGGUGUAUGUUGAUUCUAUAGGAUCACAUGUGAAAAGGUGCUUCUGUAUAUCUAUGAAUGAUUCUAAUGCAGUAACUUCCCCGCCAGUAAGUAUUUACUUGUGAAGGCAAUGCUUUUAUGAGUCUUCCAUUAGAUGAUCUAACAAUGCUGACAGCCAAUUAAAGCAGAAACUUGAACAUGAUUUACAUGGUAUAUUCUGAGUACCUCUACCUGAAAAUAGUUAGCCUGUAGUUAGAAAUAGAGUAAGGAACCUUUUUCAUGUCAUUUUAUGUGCUUGAGAAAUUCAUUCGAAGUAGUCCAAUUGGCAACAGGUUUUCCACUGACAAAAAAAGUGAUCUAUAGCUAUCUUUACCAGUUUUCAAUUGCCACUGGCUUUAGUAGACAUAACUAACUCACUGAAACACAAACUGGUGAAGAUAUUUGGGACAGCUUUCUCCAUUGUAGCUAGCUGGUCACUCGUUACUAAUACAGCUGUAGUUGUCAUUAAAACUGUAAUGUUAUACACUAUUUUCAGAAAUGAGCUAUGAACCUCUUUUCAAAUCAUACACCUAACCUUACAGGUAUAUGCAAUGAUUAUACACUAGUGCAUUGAAUGUAAUGGUUGUUUGAUCUCACCCGAUUGAUCAUCAUGAGCCCAGUUACAGUGCCUGACAUGGCAUUUUAUGUUAAUGACAUGUAUUCAUGAGUCAGAGAAAUAAAAUAUGCUGGUAAUACAUGUA